AUGCAGUUUCAGUGCCUUCAAUGUUUGGCGCUGUCUGCCUGGAUUGCAGUCACCAGUGCAUCGCCUGAAUCCGUGUUGGCUGCGGCACUGGCCCGGGUGGUGACCGGCUCAGAGAUGUCGGCCAGAGGCACCCUCUAUACACACCUGCAGGUGAGCGUUGAGGCUGCGCGUCCACACCUCGAGGCGCUGCUAACGGAGGUGCUGCAGGAGCUGCCAUCGUCGACGCCACCGCGCCGCAUCUCCGCACAGCUGCCCAUGGAGUACAAGCCGUAUGUGCACGCUGUCCUGCUGCUGGUCGACGAUCUGCAGGCGCUGCAGCAGCUGUACGGCAAGCUGCGUGCCACCCAGGAUCUGUCGCACACUCUCAUCUACAUGUCGGGCCCGACGCACGCCUACGAGGAGCAGGUGCAAGCGGCCCUGCAGCUGCUCUGGCGCCUCAGCGUGCUCAAUGUGGGCCUGGUGCUGCGCCCUCCCGGCGGCUCUCUCCUCAUGGUCAGCUACUUUCCCUUCAGUGCGGUGUACGGCUGUCAGGUGAUCCGUGCGAGCAUCGUGAAUCGCUAUGAGCUGGCGGCUGGGCGCUGGGCCAGCUCGGAGUACUUUCCCCCCAAGCUGGGCAACUUCUAUGGCUGUGUCCUGACCUGCGCCACCUGGCAGGAUAUGCCGUACUUGGUGCUGCGGCGAGAGAUCAGCGGCGGCAACGGCUUCGUCGGCAUCGAAGGCGCCCUGCUGCAGUUCAUGGCCGAGAAUCUCAACUUCAGUGUGGGCCUCUACUGGAUGAACAAGGAGGAGGUGCUGGCCACCUUCAAUGAGUCCGGCUGGGUGUUCAAUGAGAUCUUUGGCCAACAUGCGGACUUCUCGUUGGGUGGAUUCCACUUCAAGCCCAGCGCUGGCAGCGAGAUUCCCUACUCACAGUCCACCUACUACUUCAUGAGCCACAUCAUGCUGGUGACGAAUCUGCAGAGCGCCUACUCGGCCUACGAGAAGUUGGCCUUUCCCUUCCAUCCGCUGGUGUGGCAGGCCAUUGGCCUGGUCCUGGCCCUCGGCUGUCUGCUGCUCCUCGCCAUCGAUCGACGCUGGAAGCAUCAGCUGCCGCAGCAGCCCUACUAUCAGCUGCUGGUGCUCACCAUGGGCGGCAAUCUGCCCGACUGGCAUGUGCCACGGCGCGUGCCCGGCCGCCUGCUGCUGCUCACUUGGCUCUUCGCCACCUUGGUGCUGCGCGGCGCGUACCAGUCGGGCAUGUACCAGCUGCUGCGGCAGGACACGCAACGGAAUCCUCCGCAGACAAUUGCCGAUGUGCUCGCCCAGCGCUUCACCAUACAGCUGAUGGAGGUGAAUGCAGCGCGCAUUCUGGACAGCCUGCCCGAGCUGCGGCCCGAGCAGCUGGUCUAUCUGAGGGGCAGCGAGUUGCAGUCCUUUCUGUCGCUGGCCCAGAGCAGCGGCUCCUCCGCCCGGCUGGCCACCCUCACGCCCUACGAGUACUUUGGCUACUUCCGCAAGGUGCAUCCGAUGAGUCGGCGGCUGCAUCUGGUGCGGGAGCGCAUCUACACGCAGCAGCUGGCCUUCUAUGUGCGGCGCCACUCGCAUCUGGUGGGUGUGCUCAAUGGCCAGAUCCAGCACGCUCAUGCCCAUGGAUUCCUCGAGCACUGGACGCGCCAGUAUGUCAGCGCUGUGGAUGAGACCGAUGAGAGUGUGGCCCGCAUCUCGUCCACAUCGUACAGCACACUGGACGGCAUCGAUGGCGAUCCACGGCUCACCGACACCGAGGAGGAGCAAUCGGCCACCGCUCACCGCAAUGUGCUCUCCAUGCGCGAGCUGGCGGCCCUCUUCUGGCUCAUCCUGUGGUCCAAUCUCUUUGCGGUUCUGGUGUUUGCCCUGGAGCAUCUACAGCACAGUCGUGCCAAGUGGUCGCAGCCAAAGCCAGGGAAUAUUUCAAGCAAUUCUCAGGGUAAGCUUCCAAUCAUCACACCAGCUAGGGUGCCAGCUAUACACAAAUAA